AUACAUUUGAAUGCAAAGAGAAGUCGAAAAGCUAACGACGUCGUUGAAAGUGAUAGGCUUUUGGCCUUAAACGGUGGUUUAGCACGGCGAUUCCUAGGGUUUAGGCCGUAGAAGACGACGGAGUAAGAUGAAGCCGGUAGUAAGAACAGCAGUGUCGAACGGACCUCUAAUUUCAUGGCUCAGUAUGAGAAGGAUGAAUGCAACAUCGGUGACCGCAGCUCCAGUGGUCGGAAAAUUAAUCGGCAUCAGAAAACACGUAGAGUCAUCACAUUCUUCAUAUACCUCAGUUCCGAGAAUAGAAGUUGUUCAUUUUCUUUCUGUACGCAAUUCAAAUCGAGGGCUGUGGAGGUGCGGCUUGAUUUUAGAAAUCUUUAUGCACAAUAAAUAAGUUGGAUUGAAGCUUUUCUGUUGUAGCUGCUUUAUCAGAAAAAAUAUUGAGGCUCCAAAAUUUGUUGGACUUGUAGACUUGAAUCAAAACCUGUCGCAAAAUUUUUAUCAUAAGCUUGGUGAGGGGUCAAACAUGUCUAUUGAAGGUUAUGGAAUGAGCAAUGCUGGUGGUUCUGGUGCAAUGUCGGUGGAUAACAGCAGUGUUGGAUCAAAUGAUUCACACACUCAUAUUCUAAACCAGCAGGGUAAUCACAUCCACAAUAACGAUUCUGUUGCUGCUAGCGUAGUCAGGGGGAGAGUUACUAGGUUGAGCGAUGAUGCCCUUGCUCAAGCCUUGGUUGAUCCUCAAUUCCCCACUAUUGGGCUUGCGAUUUAUCAUGAGUGGACAAUUGACUUGAGGAGGCUUACCAUUGGACAAGCAUUUGCUCAAGGAUCUUUUGGGAAACUCUAUAAGGGAACUUAUAAUGGUGAAGAUGUUGCCAUCAAGCUUCUAGAGAGGCCAGAACAUGAUCUUGAGAAGGCUCACUUUAUGGAGCUGCAAUUUCAUCAUGAGGUCAAAAUGUUGGCAAAUUUGAAGCAUCCAAAUGUAGUACGAUUUAUUGGUGCAUGCCGUAAACCCAUGGUGUGGUGUAUUGUGACUGAAUAUGCCAGAGGGGGAUCAGUGCGUCAGUUCCUCACGAGGCGGCAAAACCGAGCUGUGCCAUUGAGGUUAGCAGUUAUGCAGGCCUUGGAUGUGGCAAGGGGGAUGGAGUAUGUGCAUGGCCGGAAUCUGAUUCACCGAGAUCUGAAAUCCGACAAUCUACUGAUUGCUGCUGACAAGUCAAUCAAGAUUGCAGACUUUGGUGUUGCUCGAAUUGAGGUGCUGACUGAAGGAAUGACACCAGAAACUGGCACUUACCGCUGGAUGGCUCCGGAGAUGAUCCAGCACCGGCCAUACACCCAGAAAGUUGAUGUUUAUAGUUUUGGCAUUGUUCUGUGGGAGCUCAUAACAGGGUUGCUUCCUUACCAGAGCAUGACUGCUGUGCAGGCUGCUUUUGCUGUUGUCAACAAAGGCGUCCGUCCAACAAUCCCCAUUGAUUGCUUGCCUGUCUUAUCUGAUAUCAUGACCUGCUGCUGGGAUUCUGACCCCGAUAAUCGGCCAACUUUCUCUCAGGUGGUCAAGAUGCUUGAGGCGGCUGAGACAGAAAUCAUGACUAAUAUCAGAAGGGCACGUUUCAGGUGCUCCCCUCAUCCUACGGCUACAGGGUAAGAGGAAACUGGAGGCAACUGAUUUUGAAUGGCAAAACUGAUUUUGAGUCUGCCAUGUGUAUCUAUCAGGCACAAUUUCUUUUCAGACAGAAAAAAGGGUUAUAGUUGUGAGAAAAAACUAAACAUUUCUCUGCUGUAUUUUGUUUCUUUUCUUUAAUCCGUGUAUUUAAGAUGGUGACUAGUUGGUAACACAGGAUAUCUGAUGUGCAUCUAUGCAUGUCAGAUUAUGGCUGUAUUUGCUGAAUUUGUUCAAAGUUAUAUCAGGUUCUGAAUUAUAUA